AUGGAGAUCCCGAAGGAAUUCAAAUUGUUGAGUAGCGAAGUUGAUUGGUGUGAAGAAAAUUAUAGAGUUACGCCUUUUAUCGCAGAAUUUUGGAAUACAGUCAGCAAUGCAAUAUUUCUGAUUAUUCCUCCAAUCCUUUCGAUCAAAUACAAAAAUUAUGGCGAAGUACUAAGAGUUCCUGUUGGUUAUGUUUGGGCUCUAUUGACGAUUGUUGGACUUGGGUCGAUAUAUUUCCACAGUACGUUGUCACUGGUCGGACAAUUGGUCGAUGAAAUCGCUAUUUUGUGGGUUAUCAUGUGUGCUUGGGCCCUAUUCCUUCCCUCAUUUAUGCUUCCUUAUCCGAUGAAGCGAGAGUCAUUCUAUCGCAUGAUGACUGUUCUUACGGUAACAUUCACUGUAAUUUGCUUUAUGAACCCUGAGAUCAAUCACAACGCACUUCAUUUCUUUGCCAUUCCAUGCGUUGCCAUUGUCAUUUACGCGAGUUCAAUAACGAAAUCCGAAACAAUCAAGAAGCUCAACAAAAUAAGCAUCUUUUGGUUUGUUCUUGGCUUCUCAAGUUGGCUAAUUGAUCGAAAUUUGUGCGAAUAUGUGUCGGCUUUUCCAUAUUUGCACUGCUUCUGGCACCUGUUUAUAUGCAUUGGCGCAUAUUUAAGCAUUGUCUCGCAAAGCUUCUUCUACGCCGAAAUGGAGCACCCCGAAUCUUCACCAGAAAUAAAAUUCUUUCCUUUCGAAAAUGAGGAAAGUUGGCGCUUUGUUGGCGUCCCUUAUAAAUCAAGAAGCACUACCAUGCCCGUCGCCAAAGAAAUUCAAAACCUCGCCGCCACCUGGAAGCAAAGCGGACAGGAGAAUAUCGAUAAACAACUCGAGGCUGCAGGUCUUGGCUGGGCGAAGAGAAAAAUUGCCGUUAAUUUGAGUACAACCGUCACUUUUUCAUUCCCCGACGAUGAUACAUUCCAUGUCGACUUUACCACGAAAGUAAUGAGCAAGAAAGAAAAAUUCAGCAUCUCAAAAGUCACCAAGCACAAAAAUUUCCUUGAUGAAGAUGUCGAGUCCGAGCUCUUUAUCGAAGACGGACAUUUGGUCAUGGUGACUCGGGGCGGCUCCCCCGGUGAGAUCCGAACAGUUCGAAUUGUCGAAGGCGACAAGCUCACCAUCAAAACUACUGUCGUAAAGAAAAACGUUACUGGCAUUCGCUAUUUUGAAAGACAAAAGUAA